GACGCGUCCGUUUAGGAUCGAAUUACACGCUUCCCAUCCCAAAGUCUCACUUCCCUAUCGGGGCCGUUCAAACGCCCAAAGCCCUUGCACGCUGGGUAGUCCACUCUUUUGGCCGCACAUCGCUGGCGCUCCAUCUGUUCAGUUUUGAACCUGCUCUUCUUCACUAAACAACGCCCCACCGUUUGAGAACCGCGGGUCUACGGGAAAACGCUCUACAGGUAGUCCUCGACUUACGACGGGGAUCCGUUCCUAACGCGGCGUCGUAAACCGAAUUUCGACAUUGCCUUAUGACUUCCGCCGCACGUGGAAUGAGGAUCACGUACAAUUCGACUUACGACGCUAAACCUCGCAAGUCGGAAUGUAAACUUUACAGCGUCGUAACCACGAAACGACGUAACUCGAGACCGUCGUAACCCGAGGACUACCUGUAUAUACAUGUAUUAAAAAAUUGCUUCUGCAUAAACUGAUCAGUAUUUGCUUCAAAUUGCUGGUAUUUUCUACACAUUGUUAAUAAUGUACUCAAAACAGUGCAAAACUUUUAAGCCUGUAUACUUGUAACAGGGUUGACCUACCGGUACCUAAAAAGCUAAUAGUAAAAUAUCAUUCGCUUCCACCACCGUUAAGUCUCCCGACCACACUGCCCCGCCGCUCACUCCGCUCUCCCUUCGUCACGAGCGACCCCGUCGCCCGGUCAUUGACACUGUCACCCGGCCAGUGACCAUCACCAGCCUCCACCCUCCUUGGGUGCGUGCUGUCUUCCAUCCUACUAUAUACUUACCACCAACAUCAGGGAUUAUUUCCUUUACCUUGUCUGAAAUGUUGUCAUCUGACACUAAAGCACUAUAUAUACAAGACUUCCAAAAUAUCCAGGUAGACCUGAUCAAACCAAUUAUUAUUAAACAAACUUUGUCUACAAGUUUAAGUACAAAAGCAAAACAGAUAAUGAAAAAAUAGCUACUUUUCUAACUCUAAUCUCUAUUUUUAUCCAGGUAUGAAAAGUCACUAACCGAUUGCCGUCUUGUGCAUAUUUAUUUCACGGGAAUUAUAUAGACACAUAUAUAAAUACCUGGAAGAAACAUCAAAUUUUUCUACGCCGCCCAUUUCAAGUACACUAUCGUCCUGAUAACAACGCAUGAUGUGAAUGUGUUCAAAACAACAUCGUUAAAAAUCAAUACGGAUUUAAACGUAUUACAGGAUCCAUACCGCGGACAGGAGUUGAGCACGAACUAUAAUAUCCCUGGACUGCUGGCAGACGAUUUUUUCCAGUUAACUACUAAAACGAGCCAUGAUACAAGAAAGCUUCCGGUUUUAUUACGGCUCGCCGAGACCGACAGUAGACAGACAGCAAUCCAGCUAUACAGGUCUUUAGUCCCACGCGCGCGGCUAGAGUUGGCUGUCCUUGUUAUUUAUAGUCUCUGGUUGAGAGUAAGACACGUCGCGUUACCAUCUCACCAGUCUUUACAGUUUCAAAGUUCGUAGUGCAGAUCUACAAAGUUAUUAUUAAUCUGUGAUAAAAGCCGAUCAAUUUAAAAUUGGAAAGAGUAUUGUCCAGAUAUCAAAUUAUUCAGUUUUCUUAUCACAGCACUUACAAAGCGUUGGGUAGUUUCCCAUGUUGCUUAGCAACUGUAUACAUCGUCGUUUCCUCCCUUGAACGUGCAUCUUGGAAAGAUAAAAUGCUACUUAUGCAUGGCGUUUUGUAGUGAUAUAUUUCUUUCAUAGUUUAAGACCAAACAGAUAAGGUAAUCUUGAGUGUACGUUAUCAUCACAGAGCCAGUGUCCGAGAGGUCAAAUAUAAGCAGAGACAGCAAUCAAGGAAACUGCUAUGGACAGCAUGCUGUGUCUGAACACAAGUACUACUUUCCAAUCCAGUAUAGGCAGCAGUCUUUCAGAGGUGAAGUACAAGAGUGGAGCUAACUUUUCUGGUCAUGUACAGAACUAUAAGAAGAUAGGCAGUGGGACUUUUACCUGGCCUGAUGGUUCAUUCUAUGUGGGAGAGUAUGUUGAUAACUAUCGCCAUGGCAAUGGUCUCCAGCAGUGGGCUGAUGGUACUCUGUAUACAGGCUGUUUUGUUAAAGAUUUUAGGCACGGUGAAGGUGCCAUAAAGUGGUCAAAUGGAGAGACAUAUGAAGGUACCUUUUUCAAGGAUCGCCGCCAUGGAAAGGGCAAAUAUACUUGGCCUGACAACUCAUCUUACAUAGGAUCUUUCUAUAUUGACAAAAAGGAAGGAUAUGGCACAUUUUACUUUCCUGAUGGCAAGAGAUUUGAGGGACUUUACAAAGAUGAUGAACGGGAAGGUCCAGGCAUCUUUACCUAUGAAGAUGGACACCAAGAUGUUGGAUUUUGGCAUGGAGAAUGUGUUAUAAAGCUUUUAACACAGAUAGAAAAUGCUUUUACCAUUAAAUAUCAUCCAGAGUUUGAGUAUCAUCCCCAGAUCAUGAGCAUUCACAUAGAUCCUACAAUCGAUGGAAUGGAGCAUGUUAAAGAUGUAUUGCAGCCAUCUGAAAUGUUUGAUUACAUUCCUGAGGUGAAAACAAAUCAUAUAUUAACCAAGCUGUAUGUUGAGAAUCUUGACCCUCACAGUCUAGCUGUUGACCACCAAGCAUUUGAUAUAGAAUUCUUCAAAGAUUUAAACUUUUCAGAAAAGUCAAGGUCUGAAAUUCUGCUGUGGAAUAAAACACCAUCACUUGUUAAUCUUCAGAUUCAUAUUUUUAAACAUCGACUGGGAGCCACCAGCGCCAGCUUCAUGGUGGACAAGAUAUUACAGUUUGACCGCAGCAGUUUCAAGGAAUGUGGCAUAUUAGAGACUUCAUCAGAGGAACUUAUUAAAAUGGCAGCAGCAGGAAAUACAAAGCGCCUGGGCCAACUGCUGAAUUCAGGAACAGUUCAUCCUGAUGUUUCUGACAGACAUGGAUUUACAGCGCUUGUGGCUGCCACUAUCAACUGGCAUCAAGAUUCAAUCAACAUUUUACUGAAUGCUGGAGCAAACAUCAAUCAGCUAACUGAUGAAGGCGUGUCUGCUUUAACAGCUGGAAUGAUUUUCUACUAUCCUAUUGAAAGUUUUCAGAAGAACAUUGCUGAGAAAUAUAUGAUGAAAACAGCAACUGCUCAGCCGCAGGACCAGUCAAACUCUCAAAAUAGCUCUACUGUAACUGUCAGUCAAAAAGAACUCAAGAUCAGCCAACCAGACCAGAUUAAUCAGCACAAAACAGAAGAAGUACAACUGCACAUUUCCGAAGAACUUUCUGAAUCCAAAACAAAAGACAUCAAAAAUGAGGAAUCACAAGUUAUCAUUCAGAAAGAUAAUGUGUCUGAAGUAACAGCAAUGAAGAAAAAUAAAGAUGAUAGCUGUAACAGAGAAGAAGUAAGGGAAAGUGAUAAAGACUCAAUGCUAGAUGAUCAAGAGAAAGAUAAAGAAAUUGAUGAAGAGUUUGAGAGCAAUGUCAGUGUGCACAAUUUUGAGAUUGAUGUGACAGAUUACCUUGUUGAGCGUUGUGCCACGCAGCUCAGUUUAAAUGAGCGCAUAAUCAGCCAAGAGUCAACCACACUGCAGAUUGGCAAGGCACGCAAGUUGGCUAUUCAAAUGUCAUUGCACUCAAGAAUGAAGGAGACUUUAGAGCUGCUUCUGAGAAGAGGAGCAAAUCCAAAUACAUCGGAUGUGCCUAUGCCAGUGCUGUUUCUUGCCAUCAAGGCAGCUGAUGUGGACAUGGUGCGAACGUUAUUGUUACAUGGUGCUUCAACUCAAAUAUCUCUGCCAGAAGAUAAAGGCUGUCUGGCACCACUGCACAUUGCUUGUGCCAUACCAGGAGAGGAAGGUGUUGCCAUUACAGAACUGCUGCUAAAUGCAUUAGCUGACCCUGAUGUACGAGCUCUGGAAGAUGAUUCAUUUAUCAACCAAACCCUAGAGGAGGAGUGGUCUAAAGAUACUGUGAGCAAAGAAAGCAAACUUUUGCUUGGAGGACGCACACCACUUCACAUUGCUUGUGCCCGAGAUGACAAUUUCAAGAAUGCCUGUCGAGUGGUUCAUCUCUUGCUGGAACACAACGCAAACCCUAAUCUCUUGUGCAAUGGAUUCUCACCACUGGCAUUAGCCAUUGCCAGCGGCAAUGAUCUGGCUAUUGAUAAGCUGCUGCAAUAUGGUGCAGAUCCUAGCCUGACUCUGACCCAUGGUGUUGGCAGUGCACUUUGUGUUGCCACCUCUACAGAAUACGAGCAUCGUCGCACUAUCCAAGGCCGAAUACAGCUGAUUGAUCAACUUAUUAAAGCAGGAGCAAACAUUUUGGCUCCCAUUCCUGUUGGACCUAAACGUUCAAUAGGUACUGCUGUUGAUUUUGCAUACUACAUGUUCAACCAGGAUCGACGUAUUGCACAUAUGCCAUACCAUGCACUGACCCAUUCUGAACGGGAAACAUAUAAUGCCAGGCGUAAACUUCUAGCUCACAUUGGAGAUAUUCUCAGGGACAAAUCUGUAAAAAAAGAUAUGCAUCGCCUUAAAGAUGAAGAGAAUAAGGUUGCUAGAAGCAUCAGUUCCAGUGCAGACUUUGUCUAUGUUGGUGCUGGUGAAUCACUAAAAGCAGCAGGACAGGCAGGACAGGCAGGACAGGUUACCUUUGAGCACAAAACCAUGGAUGAUGACAAGAACAAGAAAUCAAACAAUGAAACUUUAUAUGCUGGGGAUCUGAAGAAACCACUGAACAAGUAUUGCUACGAAUGUGGCCGAUCAGUAGGUAUCCGGUUGUCUGCAUGUACAAGAUGCAAGGAGGUAUUCUACUGCAGCAAGGCCUGUAAACUGAAAGCCUGGAAUGCCCGACAUAGAGAGGAAUGCAUUAGAGUUGGCGGUCGAUCUCGUAGUCCAAGCCCGAUGGGAACUGGUAAAAGACACCUAGACAGUCCUGGUUUUGCCCAUGCAGAUCAAGUCAAAGUCAACAAGACCCAGGACAGUGCUUCCAUGGUCUAUACAGACAAAGUCAUUAAAACCCAGCCGAGUCCUACUUUGACCCAUGUAGACAAAGCCAAGAAAACCCAGCCAAGUCCUACUUUGACCUAUGUAGACAAAGCCAAGAAAACCAAGCACAGUGUUGCCGCUGAGAUCAGCAAGAACAAAAAUAGACUAAAAGCCAAUAUUCCUAUUGAAGACCAGAGUCAAAAUAUCAAGGGAGCAAUACUUAAGACUUCACAUGAUUUAGGCAGCAUACAGGCAAACAAACCUUUUAAGACAGAAGAUGGACGCUUAGUGUAUCUUGACAAUUACAGUUACAAUUAAAUCUGUAAACUUUAUUCUCUAAAUAUUCCACAUGUGUUUAAUGACAUCCGACUAUACUACCAUCAGACAUGCCAUAAAUGUUACAAUACUAGCUAAUCUAUCUCUGCUCUGAUACUGAUUUCACCAUGAUUUGAUGCUGUAAUGAUGUAUAAAGUUGCAGCUGAAGAUAGUGUUAUUGUGUAGCACCCUUAGGCAACGGCACUAUUGUCCCUUUGCCUAAUUGGCUGAAGGAUGACUUCUCUGUUUUAGCUCAUCCUUCAACUUACAUCCUUCACCACUACCUGGGAUUUUUGUCAAAUGUUUUGUUGCUAUCUCUGCUUUUGUUUUGUUGUCUUCUGUUCAGGAUUAUUUUGUAUUGUUUUUGUUGACUAAAGGUCUCUACAACCAUAUCUGUGCCAUUUCUACUACACUUCCAAUUUCACACUUUCUCAUCUCCAAGCCAUUUGAUUGACUUGCUUGCUACACAUUAGACUCAGGAUCUAUGUCUGGCAUAAGCCGAAAUCUCAUUUUUUGUGUACUGUUUUGCACUGCUUUUGUGUUGAUGAAACAUUUAAUUGUUACCAGCAAUCUGUGUGCAUGUCAAACAUGGACGACUACAUGUCUUCAUAAGGGUGUGGACAUGCUUUAACACUUGUGGAUCUCAUGAGCUCAGUGCUCUAGCAUUGUUCUGUCUGCUGAGAUUCAGGUCUUUCAAAUAGCUCAACUAACUUUGAAUCAUGAUUUGGAUUUUGCUCUCCAAAUUUUAAAAAGUAAGAAGACUUAGCUUGCUAUAUCCUUGAGAACACUAGCUCAAUGUGUUUAAAAUUUUAGUAAUUUUUAUAAACCAAAGUAAGCAAAUGCUCAGGUGACAAUAAUGUAAUGCUUGAUAAUCAAGUGAUUCAAUUAAGUGAAAGAUGAAAGAGAUGUAAUGUGUUUUGUUAUAAUAAUAAUAAUGGGAACUUAUAAUGCGCAGCAUCACGACCAAGAUAGAUCGUACUCUCUGCACAGACCACUAAUGAUAAAUGAAAGAUAACAGCAAUAGGACAGUGAGGUUAGUAUAGGUACACUGAAUAACAUAAAGAUGAAGUACAAGGGUAGAACGGAAAGCAAUGGAUGAAGGUAUGAAUGGAUGAAGAUACUAUAAACAGUGUUAGAUGAAGUCGUUACAUAACGGUUAGCAUGACAGACAGUAUUACCAGGGAGUUAAGACUAGUAAAUCAGGGAUAAUACUUUGUGGACAGAUAUUUUUUCAGAGAGCGUUAAAAUAUAGCCUUGGAGUCCGUGCAGCAAAUGUGAUGUGGAAGAGAGCUCCACUGCUUAUCAGCACAGAGGGAGAAUGUCCAUUGUCUGUAUGUGACUGUGUGGGAGGGAGGGAUAGAAUACUGGAGUCUAAUAAGGAAUGAAGGUUUCUUGCAGGAGUGUGCACAGGCAAGAUUUCAGUAAAGUAGUAAGGGGAGGAGCCUUCAAAGAAUCCAUAGCAUAGAGUUGAGAGCUUAUUUGUAGUUUAUUCUAGCUUUAACUGGUCGCCAAUGAAAACUAAGUACGAUCGAAAACAAAGCCAUAAGGGCUUUCAUCAGGAAGAAAAAUAAACUAAGCUUUUUAAGAUUUAUUUUUUGUGUGCAUAUGUUGUGAACAUCAUUCAUAAUUGUCCUUGGACUGCUCUUUCAUGAAGACUAUGAUCAAUAUUAUGAUCUAUCACCAUGUAUGCAAAUUGUUGUUCAAAGCGUACUGUGACAUAAUUCCUAACAACUUCAGCUUGUGUUCCUCUCGAGAUCUAUUUAAUGUAGCUUUAAAGUCAAUAACUGUGGUCUUUGGAUAUAAUAAUUUACCACUCACUUUUAUUUCAAGAAAUUCUACAUUAUAUGUACAAAUACUUGCAUAUCACUAAAGCUGUCAUGUUUUAAAGGUCAAAGAUUUUCUGCAAAGUAACUUGAAUGGAUUUUAUAGCUAAUAAGCUUAUUUUUCACUUAGAACUCUUUCUUUGUGGUCUUUCAUGUCCUUUUAUGAUUUUACAAUUUAUCUGCAAACUUCUUGGUAAAAAAGGUACAUAUCAGACGUGGAAAAAUACUUGUUCAAUCUCGGAAAAAA